AGUAUUGGCAUGACAUGUAUUGAAUUUGAAACAAGACAACGUGACUUCAUGUUUUACAAACAUUGCAACUAGUAGAGUACAAAGUUUUGGGGAGAAGACAUUUCGGAAUGUAUGAUGUGUAGCUAACUAUGCUAACAGUCUUCGGCUUCCAUUGACAACUUGUUAACCCUGAUUCCUCAACUUAUUUCAAGAGCGUUUAUGACAAUUGCUCCCAACUACAAGUGUAGGUACAUUAGCGUUUUUUAUGUUUUGGACAAUUACCAAUCAUGUCAACUCACUUAGUGAGAAACGUCCGACCGAGGCGUGCAUUGAAAUGUCAACCAGUGAGUAUUUUGCCACACGCAAGAGGACAUUGCACUCCACCAACGAAUCAAGAUUCAAACCCGGGAAGGACUUUGCUGCAACUCUUUGUUGACAGACACUUUAUUUCUCCUGGAGAGAACAAUGUGGAACUAUUCAAGCGUGGGACGACCUGCUGCUACGGACCACUGGGUCUGAAUUUUAGUAGGAAUGUGCUGCACCAGUGGUGGUCUUCAAUGACCGGAUCCAGGGCUCAGGUAUUCGGGAUAAACACUCCGACUGGCAAUGCGGAUGCAGCGAUGGACGGAUGGGGACACCUGAGAAUUACAGAACCUGAUGACCUCAAUAAGAUACUGAAGCAGAAAGAGCUGAGCAAGGAGCAGCUCAUUCACAGUGUCCACAUAUCUCUGCAGAACUCAGCGCUGCUGAGGACAAAUGUAUUUCAAGGUGCUUUGGAACACUUCGUCCCUUCGUUUGAGCUGGUAAACAGGAAGCUCCCUUUUGGCCUAGCCGAGACUGGUCGGUGUUUCCAGCCCUCAAAAGAUGGCACUGCUGAAAUCACUCAAGCAUGUCUUGUCUGGUUCUGCUCCCCUCGGACCUCCUCACAAUGGUUGGACCACUGGGCUCGACAAAGGCUGAAAUGGUGGAGAAAAUUUGCCCUCGCUCCGUCACACUUCAGCAGCAGUGACGUCCUGCAGGAGGAACUGGAAGGGCCAGCAUCCCGAGGUGUAAAGAUCUUCUACAACUUCCCAUGGGGUCAGGAGCCCCUGGAGGUGCUGUGGAGCCGAGGAGACUGCGAGCUCCUACACAUCCACAAAGGAAUGCGCUCCAAACUCCAGAGUCGAGAUGGGCGCAAGUCAGUACCUCACGUGGUUUCUGUAACGGCAAACGUUGACCGUGGUUUGUUGGCCUUAUUGUCCAACUCCCUGCUGCUGCACAAGAGAGAAAAUGCAAAGCAGCAGCUGCAGCAGAGGAAGGUGCUGAAGUUGCAUCCAUUGUUAGCGCCAGUCAAAGUGGCUUUAGGUAUUGGCCGGGGAGCCACGAUGGAGCUGAGGCAGGUUUGCGAAGGCCUGCUGCAGGAAUUGAAGGAAGCAAAGAUUUCAGUCUGGCCUGGAUAUCUUGAAACAACGUCAACACCAAUGGAGCAGUUAAACGCCAAGUAUGAUGAGAUGGGUGUGCUUUUCACUGCUGUCAUCAGCGAAAACACACUAGAGAGUGGCCUCCUGCAGGUGCGCAGCAGAGACACUGCCAUCAAAGAAACCAUGCACAUCUCGGACAUAAAGAACUUCCUCUGCAGAUACAUUUCUGCUGCAGAAAAUAUGUAAAUGAUGUGUUUGGUGAUUUGAUAUACGUACUGCCUAUUUCACAACAAGAAUGUGAAACGACUCAUUACCGAGUCAUUUUUGAACAUUUUAUGUAUAUUUUACAGGGGUUUCCGUUUUGUAGCUAUAAACUAGCUGAUGAACCUAUAUCAGUUUGUUUGUUUGCAAUAAAGUAUGUAUCACUCUCAUUUCUGCAUUUUGAGUUCAAGUUACAACCUCCUUAAGAUCCAACAGUGCACAAUGUAAAUUCUUGCAAUUUUUCAACCGGCCUUUUUUCUGGUAAGGAGUGUAUAGUAUAGCCCAGGGGUCUCAAACACGCGGCCCGCGGGCAAAAUAUGGCCCGCAGGACACUAGUUUGAGGACCCCACCUUGAUAUGAAAGUUUAAUGUUAGUGCGGCCCACACAAGUUUGAUAUGGAUGCUGUAUGGUAUCAUGUACCCAGAAAAAAAUAUUACGUUUGAUUAAUGUUCAUGUUAAAGGUUAAAUAACUGUUAAUAGUUAUCCUCCCUAUCCGUGUGGAAGUGGUAAGUUUUUGGCUUUUUAAGUUUAAAGGAAACAACUUGGAGGCUACU